AUGGCAGUGAGUGACCUGAAAGAGCCACCAUCAGAGUUUAAAGGGGAAGUAAACAUUGAGGAGUUUUGGCAGUCAGUGGAUCUGGAGAUGAUUGCACGUGGUUUUGUUCCCAGCCGAACAAAAAAUCCAUUUUUGGUGGACCCAAGUUAUGAAAAGUGGGCACCAUGGAUUGGGGAAAAAACAAGGAUUGGUAACACGGUACUCAAUACUGAGUAUGAAAAAGUUGCCUCUGCAAAAGUUACAUCGCCCGACGCUCAAGUUCUCAAUGUGUCAGAGGAUCGUCUUGUGGACGAGUUAAUGAAACAGAAGGUUGGUGUUGUCAGAAAGCUGUGCUGCAAUGUGGACUCCAAAGGAUCUCGUAUGGACCUGAUAUUGAGAUUAAGAUCAGAGAUGCAGAACAGGCAUUCGUACGACAAAAUUUUCCAGAAAAUCUGGGGGGCAUCAGGUGGGUGGUCAGUUGUCCUGUGCCCGCAUGGUGUGGUCUACAGUCUGAAGUUUAAUUUGAGGGCGGAGAGUCCAAGAGAUUUUGUGGACCUGCUUUUGUCAUGGCAACACUUACCUAAUGUGACCAUAUAUGACUUUGCUCGAGGCUUGGCCACACAUGCCAAUUUCCGCGUACCCUCGUCUCUUCCAUUUCAACCCUAUGAAGGAAGACUGGCAGACUCAACACUUGAGAAUAUCAACAAAGCAAAGCAGGGAAAGCUCAAAGUAUCUCUUCCUUGGUUGAUUGAGAAGAUCGAUAAUCCGAGCUCAGAAUGCCAUCCAAUCACUGGAUCGUCCAAACACUAUGUUUUGUACGACAAAUUGCAUGAAUCCAACACAAAAGACCCAAAGGAUGUUCUCAGAAAAAUCAGUCUGGUGCCAGAACUACAAGGUGGGCUGAACAGCCAAAUUGCAGAGCAAUUUUUUGCAGACCUGAGAAAAAACAACUACUUUCUCAAUAAUAUGGCUCCUUCGACCCACAUUUUCAUUAUGCGAAACAUUAUCCACCACAAAAACACAUCGGCAAACCAGAAGCUGUUGGAGGGACAGCUACAGCGUGGUCACAUACCUCACAGCAUUGAAAAUGUGGUCCUAUCUGACUUUGGACAAGCUAUUUUGACCCCACAUUCCACUGACAAGCAAAUUUCUGGCUUGGAGUUGGAACCUGAACAUGAGUCAGCAUUGAAAGAUUCACAACAUGCAGCUGAGGACAUUGAAGUGUGUGGACCUCAAUGCGAAGAAGUCACAAACUGCAAAAACAUUACUGCCUGCAGAACAUCAUGGUCUUUAUCAUACCAUUCAGCUCAGAAAGAACUGCUCAACUACAUACUGGACAUAGAAAGGCCUGGGAAUGAGCUGAUUGUUAGAACAGCAACAGCGUGCCUGACCCGUGCUGAUUUUUGGACCUUGGGCUUAAACAGAGACAUGGAGUCUACCAUUGGAAAUGGUUGCUUUCAACUGAUUGACAGAAUUGCAGUCAAAGGAAAAGGACAUUCAUAUUGUUGACCUGUAUACUGUACCAACAUGGCUACCCCCAAACAACUGCGAUCCAAUGUUAUCUAUACCUGGACAUUGCAUAUAGGAUAAUUCCCAAAACAUGGACUGAAAAAACAGGCCUUGAUUUACAGGGUUUUCCAGGACAACCAUAUGGAAAUGACUGUGGUGUAUUUAUGUUGAUGGUAAGAUGUACAAUAUGUUUGUGGUUAAUUUGUGUUUUUCCCCUAACACAUACUUGUCUUUCAAUUAUAGUCUGCAUUGUACAUAGUUCUGGAUGCCCCAUUUGACUACACAAUUCUGGACAUGGCAGAGCUGAGGAAAUGGUGGUGCGUCAUGUUAAUGGAGAAUUUCGGACUGGAACGGUAAAUAAUUUUUUUUUUUGGCUUUUAAAUGUAUAAAGCUUUCAUGAGAGAGAGGGAUUAUGUAACAUGUUCAAUCACUAUUUUCCAGACAUGGGAAAUUGUUUGCCCAUUAUACUGAGGAGUCCAAAGCCUUCAUGAGAGGUGAUCAGCAGCCUGUAUUUAGGUUGCGAAAAAGGAGGUUUGAAGAAAUCUCUCAGGAAGAGCCUUUUCACGUACAGGUAGAUGAAACCAGUCUCACCCUCGAGUUUGCACCGGAAAAGCUGGUGGUUCAGUCUCCACGAAAAGUAGGUGUUGUUAGAGGGAUUGCAGCCAUUGUUCAGCAUAUUUGUAUAUAUCCUCUUUUGCAUUGUUGUUUCUUAGGUGCGUGUCAUGUCGGAUCUUAAGACUGCUAGUCAGUGGUGCAUGGAGAACUCGGGAGAUCUUCUUGGCUCAAUUCAGCUUCCUCGUAUAUUGUGCAUGGAAGAUGAAGAAGCUGCUGAGG